UGUGUGUGUCUCUCUCUCUCUGUCUCUCUCUCUUUCUCUCUCUCUCUGUGUGUGUGUGUGUGUGUGUGUGUGUGUGUGUGUGUCUCUCUCUCUCUCUCUCUGUGUGUGUGUGUCUCUCUCUCUCUCUCUCUCUCUCUCUCUCUCUGAGUGUGUGUGUGUGUGCGCGCGCUAUACCUACCCCUGUGCACGCACUGAUAGGACUAAGUGGAGGCGCGCACGCGGCGCUCUGAAAGAGCAUCUACGAUGCAAACCGUGCAAAGGGAGGAGUACCAAACCGGAGAGGAUAUCGAUUUUUCAGCCCAUCCUACACUAACGGAGUAGUGUGUGUGUGUGUGUGUGUGUGUGUGUGUGUGGAUAUUGUUCCCCUUGUUUUCUCCUCUCUUGCUCUUUUUUUCUUUCGGAGAAGUGGAACACCGUCACCACCGCAUCCGUGUUAUUCCUGCAUCCCAUCGCGCGGACAGCGGGACCUCUCAGUGUGUGUGUGUAUGUACGUGUGUGUGUGUGUGUGUGUGUGUGUAUGCAUGCAUGUGAGUGUGUGCAUGCGAGUGUGUGCUUGUGUGCGUGUGUAUUUUCUCGCUUCUGAAAAGGAAAAGAGGAGGGAAAGAGAAGAAGACUAACACGGAGCCCCGGAGUGCAUGCAUGCAACAGCGUGGCGGAGGAACGCAGGAUGGAGACGCGUCCGGUGCCGCCGCCGCUCCGCCGUCCCUGCUGGGGCUUUCUGCUCUUCCUCGCUGUGCUGCGGGUGUGUGUGAGCUCGCUGCUGGAGUGCCCACCGACCUGCAGCUGCUCCAGCACCGAGAUUUACUGCAAUAAAUCGCACCAGGGCAGCUUUUUCCCUCUGCUCGCCCUGCACGAGACGGGCAUGGACACGGGCAGCAACGGCACACACAGCACCAGCAUCUCCGACCUCUUCCAGAACAUCACCUCCAUACACAUCGAGAACUGGUUGGGUCUGCAAACCGUACAGGAGGUUGACAUGGCUCUGUACACUGGAAUCCAGAGACUGACUAUCAUGAACUGCAAUUUGAGGACAAUCCAGUCUCGAGCCUUCGCCCAGAACCCACAUCUACGCUACAUAAAUUUAUCCAAGAACCCUCUGACUACGCUUUCCUGGCAGCUCUUCCAGAAUCUGCAGCUUAUCGAUCUGAGGUUAGAGGGCGUGGUGUUUAACUGCAGCUGUGAGAUUCGGUGGAUCCAGCUGUGGCAGCAGAGAGGAGAAGCAGGUCUCCACAACCAGCAGCUCUUCUGUAACACAGGCUUCAGUCAGAUCCCUCUCCAGCUGCUCAACAUCUCCCACUGCGAUGUUCCAGAAAUCAGCGUGACACACAGCAGCGUGAUAGUGAAUGAGGGAGAUCGGGUCACCAUCACGUGUAACGGCUCCGGAGUUCCGGUUCCUGAUGUGGACUGGAAGGUUAAUUCUCUGCACUCCAUCAGCACACAACAGGCCACUCAGUUUCCUCCUCACGUGCACUCGUUGACGUUAACCCUGUUUAACGUGAGUCGGGAUGAUAACCUGUCACUGCUGCCUUGCACCACCGAGAACAUCGUGGGCAUGAGCAACACGUCUGUCCACCUCUCCGUCCAGUUCCCUCCCACCAUCGUGCGCUUCAAGAACCCGGAGAAGUGGCACGACACAUGCAUGAUGUUCAUCGUCCGAGGCCAGCCGCUGCCCGCGGUGCGCUUCUUCUACAGAGACGUCGAGCUGCCGCAGACCGACUACGUCCGCAUGGACACCGAGGUGUACCGGGACUCGCUCGAGGGCUGCCUCCUCUUCAAAAACCCCACCCACCACAACAACGGCAACUACACACUGGAGGCUCGCAACUUCCUGGGCGUGGCCACCAAAACGGUCGACGCCCACUUCAUGGGAGCUCCGUUUGAAGCAGACUAUGUAGAAUACGCUCACUCUCCUGUGAGUCCGAGUCUGACUCCCACCAUCGCUGUUACACACCGGCCUGAAGAGGACACGUUCGGGGUGUCGAUCGCAGUGGGCUUGGCUGGCUUUGCCUGUGUCCUCCUCCUCAUCAUGUUUGUCCUCAUUAACAAAUAUGGCAGGCGCUCCAAGUUCGGCAUGAAAGGUCCCGUAGCUGUGAUUAGCGGAGAAGAAGACAGCGCCAGCCCCCUCCAUCAUGUUAAUCACGGUAUUUUAAGCCCGUGCACGUUGGACGCUGGGCCCGACGCCGUCGUCAUCGGCAUGACCCGAAUCCCCGUCAUCGAAAAUCCACAGUACUUCCGUCACGGGCACAACUGCAACAAACCUGCGACGUACGUGCAGCACAUAAAGCGACGGGACAUCGUGUUGAAGCGUGAGCUCGGCGAAGGCGCCUUUGGGAAGGUCUUCCUGGCAGAGUGUUAUAAUCUCAGUCCCACCAAGGACAAGAUGCUCGUCGCUGUGAAGACUCUGAAGGAUCCCACGCUGGCGGCGAGGAAGGAUUUCCAGCGCGAGGCCGAGCUCCUCACCAACCUGCAGCACGAGCACAUCGUGAAGUUUUACGGAGUUUGCGUGGACGGAGAUCCGCUCAUCAUGGUGUUCGAAUACAUGAAGCACGGAGAUCUCAACAAGUUCCUCAGAGCUCACGGUCCUGAUGCGAUGAUCCUGGUUGACGGACAGCCGCUGCAGACCAACGGGGAGCUGGGUCUGUCCCAGAUGCUGCACAUAGCCACUCAGAUCGCAGCGGGCAUGGUGUACCUGGCGUCUCAGCACUUUGUGCACCGAGACCUGGCAACACGCAACUGCCUGGUGGGGAACGGGCUUCUGGUCAAGAUCGGAGACUUCGGAAUGUCGAGAGACAUCUACAGCACUGACUACUACCGGGUCGGAGGUCAUACGAUGCUUCCUAUUCGCUGGAUGCCUCCUGAAAGCAUAAUGUACCGCAAAUUCACCACCGAGAGCGACGUAUGGAGCUUCGGCGUCAUCCUAUGGGAGAUUUUCACCUACGGCAAGCAGCCGUGGUUCCAGCUUGCCAAUAACGAGGUGAUCGAGUGUAUAACGCAGGGUCGGGUGCUGGAGCGUCCUCGUGUGUGUCCUAAGGAGGUGUAUGACGUGAUGUUGGGCUGCUGGCAGCGAGAACCUCAGCAGAGGCUCAACAUUAAAGAGAUCCAGAAAAUUCUGUUCGCUUUGGGAAAAGCAGCGCCGGUUUACCUGGACAUCCUCGGCUGAAACAACCGGUCAGAACCAGAACCGGAACUGGACCACAUAUAAACACACACACACACACACACACACACACACACUCACAUCUGAGCAAUGGGACGGACUUAAGUGCCUGCUACACCUUUCCAAACACUGGAUACGAGUCUUUAUGGAGCACUUUUUCCAUUUUUUUUGUUUUCCUGCAGACGGAAGUGUACAGUUCUACUGACCGGAACCGGAGACGGCUUUGGAUUACUUUUUCUUUUUUUCCAGAAAAAAAGAUAUUUUAUAAACCUGCAAAAGGAAAAAAAAAACACAAACCUUUUUCAUUUGGUUUCAGCUUGAUGGAGAAUAAAAGGUCACGCUUCACAUUUUUUUCCUUUAAAUGUUUUUUCAGUGUCGACGUCUCACAAAGGGGUAAACAAUCGUUUACAAGACGACAGCUGGAUCUUCUCCAUGACUGUAGAGAAGAUACCCAAUGGGGCUUUUCCUUCCUGAAAGCAGGAGCUUCUCGCCCAAUCGCAGAACUAAACGGCGCGACGGAGCCGACCAAUCACAGCAAAGGAGUUUAUUUAAACAAAGCUGAAUGUAUAUAAUGUAAAUUCCUGUGUCCGUAUGGUAACUUAUUUCUUUUUUUUUUUUCUUUUUUUUUUUUUGCUAUUUAGACCACUUUAGUUUCUUGGUGUGCCGUUACAGUGAGUGAAUUCUAUAAAUAUUUUGAUAUGUUAAAUUUUUUUUUGGUUUAAAUUGAAUGAACUUCAUCUCAUUCUCUUUUUAGACGUGUGAUAAACUCUAAGAGGUUUUCAAGAAACGAUAGAACGAGUCUCAUAGCAGAAUGUGUCACGUUCACGCCACGAGCAUUAAAUAUUAUCAAUUCCUGUGUGAUAGAUGCUCUAGGAAGAUGAUUCUUACUCUAGGACUUACGAAAGAUCCCCAAAAAUCCUCAUUAAUCAUUCAUUUAUCACGAAAAAUCACCUGUCAGUCAUGCCAGAGAGUUAGCAUUAGCAUACGCGGUUCUUUAGCACGUUAACGGAAAAUCUUUAGCUUAUGUUUCAGAGAGAUCGGAAGUUUCGGAUUUACAGCACAAGAGCAAAAUCUAAUGCUUAUUUAAAAUAGCUAAUCUCAAACAGCUAAUAUGAAACUUUCAACAUAAAGAUUAACGUAUAUUAAACAUAAAGUGACUUAUCGUUAAUACACCGUAAUUAGUAAAUUAGCAUCUAGAUAGUUCUACAUUAUGAGUCAUUUUUUGCGUCUUAUGUGUGAUACUUUUCUCGUAGUUUCAUCUAUCAGAAGUUAGCGAGUUGUAGAGAAGAUCUACGAGUUAGAGAGACGUAUCCAGGAUUAAAGAUGGUGAGGUUUUUAACGCUUCCUUGCUAGCAAGAUAGUUUCAUCCGUUAAUAGCGAGGUGAAUAGCUAUCAGUAGCUAGGGAGCGAGUCUUACGCUAACUCACAUGUUAACAAGUUCAAUGCUCGUCUGUUUAGGUCUGAGAGUUAGCAUUAGCAUGCUGAUGCAUUAGCAUCGACACAUAACCACAACCUGUACGAGGGAGGAUUUUUAGCAACUUGAUCACACACAGAAAUUUCAUAAAAAUUACAACAAAUAGAGUGAUUUUGUUGGAUUUCAUGGAUGAAGUUGUACAAAAACCAAACUCUGUAAACACAAACUCUGAUUUCAGCUCGAUUCAUAACAAAUCGUAACAUUCGCUCUGAGUAUAGUAAUGAUAAUUUUUUACAGCUUUACAGUAAUAAUAAUAAUAAUUUUUUUAAAUCUGAGAUUGGCUCUAAAUCACAGUUUAUUACCUGGAUGGCAAAAUAAAACUACUAAGCUACACGUUUAAGUCAUAAAUAUUUAAUUUAGAAUUUUUCCCCUUUUUUCCUCUAAAACUUUUUUUAAAAUCUGUAAAUAAUUUAGAAAAAACAUUUUUUUCUGGGUUCAGCUUGACAGAAGAUAUAAUCCCAUGCAUAUUUUCUUUCUUUAUUUUCUUUUAAAAUAUCUGAACAGCAAAAUCAAACAUCUAAGCUAUUUUUUUUUUAUUUUAAAUUCCAGGUUUGUUUUUAAAUAUUUUAAAAGAUAUUUAAAAAAGGAAAAAAUCCACCGAACUUAAUAAUUUGAGUUCAGCUUGACAAAAACAAAAUUCCAUGCUAAUUUUUUUCCCCCACAAGACAUGGAUAGCAAAACCAAAUCAGCUAAACUAGAUUUUUAAGUUAUAUUUCAUAUUUUAUUGUGAAUUUUAACUGUUUUUUGGGCGAGAUUCAUGUUAUUACGACUCUAGGAUGUUAGUCACGUGUGAAGUCGUUAUAUCAGACAUUUCUUUUGUUACAGAGUGUGUUUUCUUAUCGUCUGGAAAGAUUUCGCUGUUGUUUACCGCAGGAUAAUCUGAGAUGAUAAUAGGUUAAGACCCGGAUAAAAUCAGAUCUCAGGAGGAGAUAAUCUGCCUCGAAAUCAGCCGGGAUUAUCCUCCAGUGUACCAGGACUCACGGGAGGUCACACUUCCGACACUGGAGCUGCGUUUAAAGCUUUACUCUAAUGAGAAAUAUAAAAAUCUCUCUCUCUUGCUCUCUCUCUCUCUCUCUUUCACUCUCGCUCUAGCGUUUUGCUGACUCAUGCGAUUCGCUCAAGGUUACACGCCGCUCGAUAGCACUCCGAUGAUUAAUCUGAUUACGGCACUCGGACGAAAGCUGGACAGGAAAAGAAGGAAAAGAGAACGUUCAGUUCAGAGUUGGUGUAACAUUUUGUCAUUGCCUCAAAAUUGUUUUCCAGUAAGUAGCCCCGCCUCCUUCUGAACCAAAUUUGCCCACACUUUUUUUUUUUUUUUUUUUUAAGCUUGUGAGCAGAUCCUGUGGAAAUAAAUGGCUCAUGCUAACAACCGUUUUGCGAAAGAGCCGUAAAGCUUGCGAAGAGGGAUUGUUGAUUAAAAAAAAAUCCUUAAAUUUGGUGCAGUUUUAUAAAUGCAGUUCAGCUUUCCUGAAUAAAUUUAGUAAAAAAAUUCUACACAAAUCCUACAUACAAGUUAAAUUUUGCUUGCUACUCUGCUGUUACUCGUGGGCUAGAUAACUCGCCAAGUUAAAAAAAAUAAAAACACAACAGUAAAGACUGUUAUAGCAAUAAAUCUAAAUGCUACUGGUUGAUGAUGCAAAUUCCUGUCAAAGCUCACCACAGCUGACUCACGCGACUCGCUCAAGGUUACUCUCUGCUCAGUAGCACUCUGACGGUCCAAUCAUGUUUCAAAGGGAAAAAGUAAGAGCCAAUCAUGUUUCAUCUGUAACAGACUCCACCUACUUUAUUGUCCAUGGCGUAAUCUGACGCGAGGUGCGUGAACACCGAGAGGCGGGAACGUAAACGCUCAAAAUCACUUACGAUCAAGUGCUAUUGAGGAAAAUGUUCAUCUAAACAAACUCGUAAUGCUACAAUGCGAUAAUCUUAAAAAAAAAAAACAUCCAAACAUCGUGUGUAAAUAUACGUAAACAUAGCUACCUUGUUGCCUUGGUGAUUAGGUAAGAUAGUUAGCUAGUCCAUUUUAUAAUAUGAUAUCGCAAAAACACAACCGCUAGCUAAGUGAAUUAACUGAAAGUAUUUUAUUACUCUGUUGCAAUGUUUAAUUCGCCUUAUCCCUAAUCAGUAAAUUUAUCCCUAAUCAAUAUUUCACAAUUAAUCAUCAGAGUUCCAUCUGUCGUAUUCGACUUUAACCCCUGGCUAGCAGUAGUUACAAUUCAAAUGAGAAACACGAGCGUAGCUUUAUCAGCUAAAGCAGUGGGCGGGGUCCUGGUGGUCAUCAAUCCAUAAAGUUAGCAAGAAAUCCUGUUUCCUCCGAAGAUUUAUAUUUAAAACUAGCAGAAUUUUUCAUGAUGAUAUUUUCCUGUUUUAUCACAGUACUUCUUUUUAAAUUGUUGGUUUUGGGGUGCCAAAAUUUUUUCCUCAAUCCCUCGACUUCACACUUUACAUCACAGUUCAUUCAAAAACACAAAUUUCAAAACAAUCAGCCAAUCAGUGCUGUUAGCAUUUCAUAUUUCAUAUAUGAUUUUAUUUAUUAGUGAUGCAGCUUAGGACAUUGGCUCAAAUUGCGUUCCAGUAAGAAGCCCCGCCCCCUUCUGAACACAAAGAUGUUAAAGACCAUUGUGAAACAGCUGUGACUGGAGAUUUUUGACAAAAAAUAAUAUCGAUGAUGCAGUUUGCAAUUUGAUGAAUGAAAUUAAAUUUUCCUGAAUUGAGUUAGAUGCUUGAUUAAGUCGUAUGUAUACGUUAAAUCUUGCUCGCUAAUCUGUUACUCGCAGGCUGGAUAACUCGCUAACCGUCAGGAGUAAAUAAACUCAAACGUAAAUUACACAGUUAUAGCAUCGAAUCUAAAUGCUACUGGUUGAAAAUGCAGUUUUCCCGUCAAAGCUCGAUGUGAAGUUUAGAAUUCCCGUCAAAGCUCACCAAGCUUUAGAACUCGAUGUGAAGUUUAUUCGCACUUUGCACCUGACGCCUUCAAAAACAAACUAAUCCAUUUACGCUCUAAUGUCAUGGGAUUUUAAAUACGCCCCACAGGAGACGUGUUUUUCUUUUUCGUCCACCAUUUUCACGUUUCUUUUCCGCAAUCUUAUGCCUCGUAUCAGAAAAGUUCCAGUGCACCAAAAACAACCAGAGCACACAUUCGCUGAUGUUGUUUUCCUGUUUAUUUCAGCUUCCCUGUAGUUUGUGAGAUAAUUCUGACUGCAUCGAAUAAGCAGGAACAGGAAUGGCAGUGUGGAUAAGGGUGUGUGUGUGUGUGUGUGUGUGUGUGUGGGGUGAUGUGACUUGCAAACACUUGCAACAUGCUUAUGUGCGAUAAGAUGCCGCUCGCUUGUUCUUCAGGUUCAGGCUCGGAGCUGCAGAUUUUCUCCGUAUUGCGCUUCGUUGCGUCAUUACAAAAUGUCACGACUUGAAGGAAAUGGACAAAAAUUCUACACAAAUAUAGUCCAUCAGCUAAAACACAUUUGCUGUUAAAAGUUUUUUAGUUUGUAACUUUUUACUACAAGCUUAAUGUGGCUAAAUAUUAAUAAGAAGCUACGAGAUGAGCAUUUGUAGACUCGUUCGGUGUCUCAGACUGGCUGAUGUUGUUAAUGUUACUGAUAAAAAUGAACAAAAUGGAGUGGAGUCGUAAACAGGAAGUCGUAAAAUGCUAAACUGACCAAUCGCUAGAAAGGGCGGGCAGCAUGUUACGACAUUUCUGCUCAUUUUCUUGACGAAAUCUACGAUGAAAAAAUGAUCUUUAUUCAUGACGAAAACUAAAAGCUGGAUAAAUAAUAAUUCAUCGCUCUUCACAAACUAUGUGAAAACCAUAACGUUAUUUUCCAGUUAACGGAAUAAUGUUUAAAGUUUACAUUUUUUUUCUCCUUCAUCUUAGAGCACAAACUUUGAAAAUACGAUUAAAAGGAAGUUAUUUACGACACCAUGCGCUCGGUUCAAACCGUCCACAGCAACGCCGACUUAACAACCGUGAAAAAAAACCAAAAAACUUCUUUUAUUUAAUAAUAGACUGCGAUAUAACUAAUAAAUGAUUUGUUUAUUAUGUUUUUGUAUACAUUGCCAUAUAUUGCAGUUUACCAUAAAGGAAAUAUAUUUAUAAUCACAAUCAUAACCCAAUGUAGUUAUAUUGCAAUAUGUUCUUGAAUGUUUUGUAAAACAAAUGGGCCAAAUAUUUGCGUAUAUAUAUAUAUAUAUAUAUAUUUGGGUAUAGAGAUACUUCCAAAUUCAAAUCCUUUGGUUAAAUUAAUCACUUGAAGAUGGAAAUAUUCAAGAUUAUAUUUAAAUUUUAGUGAGAAGUAAAGCUUUAAAUUCAAAAUUCUUCUAAAUAAGAGCCUCUGAUUGGCUGUAUUUCAACAUGCCAUAACCAAUAGGCACAGAAAGGCAUCAAAAUCAUCGUUUUUUACAUCAUUAAAAAGGAUAAUGGAAAAACACUGAUCUAUAAAGCACACAGCAGUAAGGCGAUGCAGCAGGACCGACUGUAUGUGUUUUAUUCUUGUAUAUUAAUGUGAUGGUUUGUUAGAGCGAUGUCUCUAAUUUCUAAUUUCGCUAGAAAACAAAUCAUCUCAUGCUCAAAAACACAACGCAGAAGCAGCGGCGCUCCAAACACAGUGACGAUCUCAUUCCACCGGAGGCGUUUUCACACGAUUGAGUUAAUCCCCCUUUUUUAAACUGUCAUUAUUUUUAAUAAGUGAAAAUGAUUCCUUAAGGUUUAUUUAGAUAGUUAAUUAUUCUGGCUUUGAUUUGUCUUUCUCGGACGUUCUCGAGAGAACCUGGGGUUCUGAAGCUACAAGGCAGAACCUAUAAGCUGGGGUUCCUCUAGAUACUUCUCAAAGCCUGUUGGUGUUUACAGACCUACAGAAGGUGCAGUAUGAAUCCUCUUCAUGAGCACUGGUGUAAAAAUAAAGCUGAGUGAGAGAGUUGAGGAAAAAAUUGAGCGAACUGGAGAGAGAGAGAGAGAGAGAGAG